GGUCCCCGAUGACUCUGACUCUCAGACCGGGUCCAUCCGGCAGAGACAGAACUGCCUGGAGUCUCAGAGGCUGGAGGAACAGGAUCUGCCCGUCCUCACGCUGGCCCCCUGCAGCGGGAAGGAGGGCGUCCCCGUCGUCAACCAGGAGUGGGUGUACACACACGGGCAGCAGAUCCGACAGCAGCAGCACUGCCUCUCUCUCUCCACCACCUUCCCCGCCUCUCAGGUGCUGCUGCUGCCCUGCAACAUGGCCGACGGCAAGCAGCGCUGGCAGAAGUCGGGCACUCACCUGGAGCACCUGGUGUCUCGCUUCUGUCUGGACUCGGAGAUGGCUCUGGACGGCAUGGACUCGUCCCGCAUGCUGGUCAUCAGCCCCUGUGAACUGAGCGCCUACACACAGAGAUGGGAGGUGCCUUUCUCCUGACCUUUAACCCCCUGAACACCUUUCACCCCCAAAACACCUGCCCUGUCACUCACCCACAGCCUCAAAUAGUAGCAGAGAGGACGCUCUGACGCAGGGAGGAAGCAUGAGCACGUCAGGAUGAAGUGACGGAAGAUAAACGGAGGGUUUGUUAUGACUUUGUGACGCCUCUUCACUGUGUGUCAUGGGGAGACAUUGAAGAGAGGAUCUGUUGGGUCUGAAAUCUGGGUUUAUUGAAGAUCUGUUCUGGAUCAAAACAUUGUUAAAUAAAUCAGAAAUGUCCGGUUUGUUUUGUCCGGAGAAUAAAGUGUGAAUGUUUGAGGCUGAGAAGAAGUUUUAGGGGACGAAAUGAACCAAGUGCACCUUCAAAAAAAAACGAUCCGUCAAAGAUAUAAAGAAACUAUUAGAGAAUGUGUCUUGUAAUAUUUUGCUAUGAAAGUGUAUGUUUUCAAGAAUCUGGGAAGUAAAACCAAGCACAAAACAAGCUUAUAAUUUACUUCAAGGCCUUAUUUAAACUGCAGUGGUGCAGGGAUGACAGGAAGUUAGCAUCAUAACCUCCCUCCACAAAACGCUAUCUGAUUCCUCUAUUGGAUUUUGAAAUAUUUGAGAAAAUAAUCUCUGUGUCAAACAAACUUUUAUGAUACUUACACAUUUGGAUCAGCAGGAUAAUCUCCACAUAUUAACAUCACUUUAUGAUUUCUGAAGUAAGAAGCUAAUGUUGGGCUAUAAAGGAACUACAGCGC